AUGGCUGACCAAAUCUCUGUGCGGGACCGAAUCAUCAGUUCCGUGUUCUCAAGACGUAACGCAAUGGGUUCUCUGGAAGAAACCUACGUCGGGCAUGUGAAGAUAUGGGAGGACGCAGGCCCAGAAGGAGGCGGAAGAAAGCCUCGAUAUAUUCUGCUCUCACAGGCGAGCAAUGGAAGCGGCUUCAUCCACAAGUCGAAGCUGAAUACGAACGGUUCCUUCUCGGUUGGAAAGACGUGGAGGCUUGCUGAGCUGCACGGCAUCCAAGUUUUGAACCCACUUGCCUUCAAUAUAACGAUAUCCAGGACCUACAGAUGGCAGACCGAAAGCCAGGCAGACCAAGCAAACUUCAUCAAUGCUACAAUCCGCCUAUUCAGGCAAAUCACAAACAAUUCCGUUCCGCUGCAGCUGGAGGGGAUGCAAGAUCCAGAUGCUGCGCCAGCGUCGCGACCGCCUGCUCAGAAUGGACAUAUGCGCCCUCCACCACCGAGAGCCGCUUCUCCGCCGGCUGGAUCGUCGUCAUCACCGUCACGUAGAGUGCCCGUGCAACUUCGCGCCAGGACACCCGAAACAGACCGUGACCCUCCGUCUACGAAUUAUGAUAUGACUUCCUCACAAAGAAUAUCGAACCCGGUAGCCCGUCCUCAACCUCCACCAGUUCGGAACGAGUCGCCAUCCAGGAUGUCACCAGCACCAGCACCAACCACCACUCCCGCCAACCGUGCGAGAGAGUUACCCGUUCCUCGAGUGAGGCCACCAUCCCCUACGCAAUCCAUACCUAGUACACUUCGUCCCGGAAGGGCAAGGCGACCUUCCAAUGCAAAUUCCACGUCAAGUCAGGUACCUUCGUUAAACCUACCAACGCCAACAACACUACGACCCCAUGAUCUAUCUACCUCCCCUACACCGUCGCAAAGCCCAAUCAAUGGCAGCCUUUCCGCUCGAACGCCCCAUGAAGCACCUCACACUCCCUCAUCAGCAUACCCUCCCUCUCCACAUCGAUCACGACCUGCAUCGCCUGCUGUUGAGCCCCCGAGGAGGAACACGCCCUCUCCAAGACCCGUUAUUGUAACUGAACCACAACCCAUGCGGCAAAUCAACCCUAGAGUGUCGUUCUACGAUCCAGCUAAUCAGGCGAUGCUAGACAGACUCGUGGCUGACGGUGAGCAGGAUGGGGAUGGAGAGGACGAGACAGUGCAGGCCACACUCGCAAAUGUGGAAGAGAUGUUGGAAGGAUAUGAAUGGGCUAGUGACGAUGUUAUUGACAGAAAGACCGCCAGAGGCGCAGCCGAUCUCAUUGAAGCUCGCUUGCUGGAUGAGCUCAUGGCAUUGGAAAAGGCCAAUAUCCACUCGUUCCUGGAGUCUGACGAUCGCAUAGACCUUGUUGUUAAGUACAUGGACGACGCGCUGACAGAAUUAGAUGCCAUGGAUAGCCUUCUAUCGUCGUAUAAGAUCCAUCUGAACGCCGUCGGUGAUGACAUCUCAUACAUCCAAUCCCAAGGCCGGGGAUUGCAAGUGCAGACACAAAAUCAACGCGCUCUGCUUGGCGAGCUUGAGAACCUAGUCCAAACUGUUCAAGUCGAUAGACAGGCGCUCCUGAUUCUCACCCAAGAAUCGUUGGAGAAGCCGUCUAGUAUCGAGCGAUUGGAAGAGGCGGCGGCAGAGUUAUACAAAGCACUGCAAGCCGGCCGAGAAACAGAUAUGGCCGCGACGAUGGAGAGGUUGGAAGAGUAUCGAACAUACAACUCGCAAUUCUGUAAACGCGUUCUCGGCUUCCUGAGCAUAAUGUUCACUGCUCAGUCCAAACUACUUCUCGGCGAUAAGAACGGGAUAUCCAAGCCCGAUCGACGUGGACGACCUGCUUUGCUCCCUCACAAGAGCAUGGAAGACUAUUUGGGUCGCUACGCGGGCUUGAUGCUGUAUCUCAAGGAAAUGGACGAGAUUAUGUACGGCAAGCUGUGCGGCGCGUACUUUUCUGCUGUCAGCGAGCUGCAUGCUGAGCAAAUGAAAGCCCUGAUGUCGAUAUAUCUUGGAUACGUCAGGAAGGCGCCGGAAGAGGACCAGGAAAUCACUCUAGGAACGUCAAACACUGGCGGCAACAUCAAAGCUUCUACAGGUAUGCGUCGAGCUGGCACCCUCAUACGAUCUCCUCUCGAAUCCCGACAUCGCGACAAAGAGAAAACCGCCGACGGCGACCUCCGGGCCUCCGAAGCCUUCUCCUUCCUGCUCGAAGAAAUCACGCCCAUGAUCUACCGCGAGAGCGAUUUCAUCACGGACUUCCUCCAGAUCAACGACGCCGCGCUGACGUUCGCUGAUUAUAUGGGGUUAGAUAGCUACUUUAGACGGCAGGCGGGGCGGUCGGCGGGGCUGAGCAUGGGGACGAUGAAGCUUGUGAGGGGGGCUAUGGAUUUGAUAUUUGGGUUCCUGGCAGGCGAGCUGAAGGCGUGGCUGGACCAGGCGUUGCUGAAGGAUCAUAUGGAACUCUUUGGUGUUCUAGCAUGUCUGGAACGCUGUCGAAUAGACGCGAACGAGCGGAACAAUGCGUUCCUUUCGAACCUCUUCGACAAAGCACACAUGCGUCUGAAGGCCAGCCUCGAUCGUCACAUCAACGAUCAAAUUCGGUCUAUUGAGCAGACGAAAUUGACCAGUAAGAAGCGCAGAGGCGUCGCGCCAUUCGUAAAGCAGUUCCCUAUCUAUAUCCGACGCGUCGAGCAGCAACUCAUCGGAACCGAUGACCUCGAGAUCCGGAGCAGCGUCGAUGAUGCCUACGACAAAAUCGUGCAGGCCAUGUUCGACUCUUUGAAGCAAAUGGCAAAAAUGGACGGCGAGGGCGAAGACAAAGGCCAGCUCAACUACCAUGUCAUCCUCAUCGAGAACAUGCAUCAUUUCGUGGCCGAGACGUCGCAGAUGGAAAUCGGAUCGGUGAACGGGUUCUCUCGCAGGGCAGAGACGAUGUACGACGAGAACCUGAAUGCCUAUGUCAAGAUCGUCCUCCGACGACCGUUCGCGAAGAUUAUCGACUACUUCGAGGGCAUCGAGCGACUUCUUAAGAUGACCGCACCUUUGGAUAUCCCAUCCAACUCGUCGUUCAGCAAAUCGGCGCUGAAGAAGGUGGUCAAGGAGUAUACCUCCAAGGACAUCCGGAAGCAGAUCGACGCGCUAUUUAAACGCGUGGAGAAGCAUUUUACCGAAGCUUCCGACGCAAAAGCGUCCGUGGAAGAGACCAGUGGCAUCCCCCCAGGGACUGUCAUGGUCGGUGUAUGGAAAGCCUGCGAAGACGAAGUCCUCAGGAUCACGGACCUUUUCAACAAACGCAUUGCGCAGUGCUACACGGAUACAGGCAUCACGCUCGAAUACACCCCUGGGGACGUCGAGUCUGCGUUCAAGAGGCACGGUAUCUAG